CACUUUUCGUCACAGCUGUCCUUUGCUCCUCAACGCAACACAAGGAUUCCCUUUUGGAGUGGGUGAGCCGCCGACAACAACUUGUGCCUGCCUGAAUGCAACGCGUUUGUGCGCCAAUGCGAUGGCCGUGGACACACCGGUGCCGUUGAAGCCGGCGACGCAAAGGCGCACCGCCACCGCCACCACCGCCAUGGGCAUUGCCGCCGCCGUUGUCGCGGUUCUUGGCAUUGCAAUAUCGGUCGUGCCCUGUGAACUGGCGCACGCUCGAGUCAUCAUUCCAUACAACGCACCAGAGCUGGUGACAAGCAAAACAGCCACCCCACCGUCCCUCGCCUGGCACACGACGACGCUGCUCGCGCUGGAGUCAGACUUCAUCUCUGUCACCGUUGGCGGAGGGAACGCCAACGACAUUGCCAACAACAGGGCAACCAUCCGCCUCUCGGAUGACAUUUGGGUAUUCUCCCGCAAGCUCAACCUGUGGUCUGUCUGCGAAAUCUACUCUGGCGCUGCCAACGCCAGCGACCCCCGGUUCCGCACGCGCAUGCACCAUGCCGCAGAGCGCAUCACGCCGCUCUCCGUCUACAACACGUCCAGUCCCGCCAGGCGACCACUUCGGGAGGGCGCGGGCAAGCUCAUGGUGCUUGGGGGCGCCGUCUACAUUGACAACAACGUCACCAUCCUCGACGACCACUGGAUGCUGGAGGUCUGGCGCUCGCCCAUCGAGACGCAGUCCUUCUUCACCUGCGCCUGGACGCGGCUUGAGAAGCCCGCCGCCAUGGCUCCGCGCUUCCUCCCGGCUGUGUCGGCGGCCUACCACCCUUUUGAGCUGUACUCUUUCGGCGGGUGCCUGGAGGCGCGCAGGCGACAUAUCGACGUGGGCGACACCACAGAAAUCUUCCUCGAGUGCACGGACACCACGAAUGAGGUUUGGCGCUACACGGAAGACUUGGGCUGGUCCCUCCUCGCGCAAGCUGUCCCUGCGGACUCGGCCUCGCUGCUCCGCCCCCUGCUCAGCAGCCUCAUGUAUCGCGUUGGCGGUAGGGUCCCACGCACAUACAUGAUCUAUGGCGGCUUCCCCGGCCGCGCGUCCCCUUAUGUGGCUAACGUCAGCAUGUGCACCUUUCCGGAUCCGCACGCUGCCACGGGCUCGACGACCUUCUCAUGCCAGGCACUGGGCAGCGCUUGUGUUUUUAACCAGUAUCGCGAGUGCAAGGAUGAGGUGCGCUUUGUCUCGCGUGGUGCGGUUAUUCCCCUCGGCAACAACCGCACUGUCCUCUUUGGCGUUCCCGACGGCAUUAGCGACUCCUUGGUCGGCUUUCUCCACGAAUACAGCACAGAUGAGCCAGCACCACGCUUCACUGAAAUCCGCUCCCUGUCCCGCCUUCUCACCCCAGUUUUCAGCGGUGCCUCGAGUCGAAUCGGUUUGCUGGGCGGGUUCUCCGCCACACCACUCGCGGCUGGUAUCGAUGUUGAGCAGUUUCUCUUCUUUGGUGACUUUUUCCGCCCACAAACGGGCGAUGCCUGGAGCACGUGGUUGUACACGCCCCAAUCUCUUACGGCUCACUCCCACGCCCCCGUUCUCUCGGGCGUGUGGCAAGACAAGUUCUUCUACAGCAGCAUGACGGCGCGUGCGUGGCCAUCGUCGCAAACAGUCGGCCACUGGGUCAUUCAGCUCGGUGGGUACACGGGCUCCGUGGCCAACAGCGACUGGAAGUUUGACGUUGGCGGUGUGCUCGAGGCAGAGCGCAAGGAGCGAGAGAAGCAGCAGCAAGAAGAGGACAAGGCAAAGGGCGAGAGCAUGGAAGACGACGAUGACCAUGACCACGACGACGACGACGAGGAGGAACCCGUCAACCCAGAGGAUGUGGUCGUGUUUGAUGAAGAAAAUGUUGACGCAGAGGCACUGACAGUGUGGGUGCGGCUCGAUGAGCUUGACCAGCACACCUCGCCGUUUUCGCGCUUUUAUGGUUCCUCAGCGACUGUGAACGAUAGCGCCAUGUUUGUGUUUGGCGGCCAACGUAAGCCACGCUCCGGCUGUGCCAACGACGCAUUCUUCUUCUUCCCGGAGACGCAUCGAGUGGUGGUGCAGGAAGGUGGACCACGCCCAGCAGAGCGGCGUGGCAGCACCCUUGUCCGGAUGGGCAGCAGCAUUUAUCUGUAUGGUGGCGAGGACUGCGACAACGAGUUCUUCUUGGACGACUUGUGGCGCUUCGACCUGCACCUCAUGAGAUGGUUCCAACUGUCACGAGCAGCCACAGCACCGAUUGCCUCCAGCUACCACACAGCUGCAGCCCUCAAGACGAGCGAGAACGUCACGGAGAUGGCCGUGUUUGGCGGUUUCCGCCCACGAAACGAGUAUGAUCAUUUCGGCUGGGCAUUCAACCCACAGACCCAGGCAUGGCGGCCCAUUGAGUCAGACGAGGAACCACUUUGGCGCACGAGCCAUUGUGCAGUUCGCAUGGACGAAGGCCCCAUUGCUGGGCAGCUGGUGAUGAUUGGAGGAGCAAGCCGACUCGGAGUGGACCUCGGUGAUGGUUGGCUCUACCACCACGCGUCACAGCGGUGGCAGCGGCUGCGCGACAACCACGUGCGGUUCUCCCUGUCCCCCGGCCGCCUAGGACACACCUGCAGCGCAUUCAGAGACACCGUGUUUGUGUUUGGAGGCACAUCGCGCCAGCGGUUCUUCAGAAGCGUGAUUGCCUUUCGCCCAACAUGCAACCCUGGGUUCAGCGCUGACAACGGCCAGUGCGUGCCGUGUCCGCUUCGCACAUACCGCUCCGACCUCAGCAACCCUUCCUGCGUGCAGUGCAGCGGCGACCUGACGACAAAGACGGAAGGCGCCACGGACGUGUCCCUGUGCAACAUCUGUCGUGACAGCGCGUGCGUGCAUGGUACUGGCACAGCCGUUGCUUCCGACUGCAUUUGCCGCUGCUCCUUUGGGUACUCUGGCAAGGCCUGCGACAUCAACGUUCUCGGCAUUGUCCUUGGCACGCUGUUUGCGCUGGCGGUCAUUGGGUUUGCCACCUGGCACGUGCUUCGCUUCUACCGCCGCGUGGCCACCUCCAUCAAGCAGCACUCCGCGCUUCAGCAGCGGCUGCUGGACGAAAAGGAGCAGGAGAUUGAGCUCUUUGAGCAGAUCUGGACCAUUUCUCCGGACGAGCUGCAGUUUGUGCGCGUGCUCGAUGAGGGCGCGUUUGGCCGGGUGGAGUUGAUGGUCUGGCUCUCUGCGGGCCUGAACGUGGCCGUGAAGCGGCUGCGCGAGGCCAUCCUGCAACUUGAUGACACGUGCAAGCAGGACUUUGAGCGCGAGGUGAAGUUUGUUCGGCAGCUGCGACACCCAAACAUCGUCCGCUUCCACGGCGCGUAUCUCGGCGCACAGCCGUUUCUCGUCAUGGAGUAUGUGGAGCGCGGCUCGCUGCAAACCAUCCUUGCCGACAACGCCGUUCCCAUCUCUGACGCGCGCAAGCACUCGUUCCUGUGCGACACGGCAGCGGGCAUGCACUACCUCCACCAAAAGGGGCGCAUGCACCGCGACCUGAAGAGCGCCAACUUGCUCGUCACCAUGGACUGGCGCAUCAAGGUAACCGACUUCACGACCGCCAAGAACGUCGUGCAAGACGCUCUCACGCGGCAGCGUCGUGCGUCCCAGGUCAGUGCCGGCAUGGCGCAUGCACGCAACGCAACCAUGAGCGCACUUGGGAGACAGCACGUGGAGGGGACUCGGGGCGGUGGGCAGGGCGGUUGCUCCUGGCUCGACGCUGACAAGAAGGCAUCCACGAUGGGGAAGGUGUGCGGUGGGCUGGAGCGCACGGCGUGCAAAUUCACGCGUGGCAUGCGCAGGCGUGGGCAAGCCAAGUCAAUGUCCGUGUUGCCACGCAGCGAUGGCGGUGACAAGUUUGACUUUGAUGAGUUGCCGGUGUCCCUGCAAGCGCAGGCUCAGCACGAGCGGCGAGACACUGGUCAGCAGCUGCUUGUUGCCGAUCUUGAUGAUGGCGAUGGCAACGACGAGACCACCACGGACAGCGGUGGUGGGUUGGAAGGCGCCAUGCUGCUGACAACUGACAGCGAUGACGAGGAUGCGGUGGUCAUCGGGGAGCGGCCAUCCCCAGCUGCAACGCAACGCAACGAGGCGGACUACGCAAACAUCUGGAACCAGACCACGGGCAUCGGCACCAUCCCCUGGACGGCUCCGGAAGCGCUGGCAGACAAGGCGUACGGGCUGCCUGCUGACGUGUACUCGUAUGGGAUUGUCAUCAGCGAGAUUACCACCCGCCGGCUGCCAUAUUGGGAUUACAAAGGCAGCAUCCGUAAAGGAGUGCUGGCUGGGUUGCGGCCAACCAUGCCCGAGGACUGCUGUGAUCGACGCUACAUCGACCUUGCAGCUCAGUGCUGGUGCGAGAACCCGCAGGAGCGCCUGACCUUUUCGCAAAUUGUCACCACACUGCAGUCGUUUGACGGCGAAUCGUCUCUCUAAUAACGCGCAACGUAGAGUGAGGGGAGUGUUUGUGUGUGUGUGCGUGUGUAUGAGUGUUUGUGUUUGUAUGUGGGUGUUUGUGUGUUUGUUUUUGUGUGUAUGUGUGUAUGUGUGUAUGUUUGUGUGUAUGUGUUUCUGUGUUUGACUGGCGUGUCAGAGCUGUGGUGGGGGGGGGGGUUUGUUGCUCUCAUACGGCUGUUGUGUCGUUAGAGUCUCUCGCUCGUUUUUGUUUCCAGAGACACUAGAUCCUUGUUACACGAUGAUUUUGUUCAAUUCACCCUCCACCAUCUUCACCAGUUUCAUCCGCCCAGCAGCCGUUAUCAGCGCGCGUGUGCGUGCUUGCAUGCUUGUUACAUCAUCGUUUUGAACGAAUUAAACAAAGGAAGGUCA